GAAAAAAUGCAAUUAUAACAUGUUUUUGUUUUACAGUUUUAGCAGAUUUCAAUUCACUGAAUAAUAAUUUGGGAAAUUAGUCCUUUCAUUUUAUACUCCCACAAUGCCUUCUAUGAUGGAAUUGGAGGAAAUGAUUUCCAGCCGAUUCUAUGUGAUCAGCAAUAACAAUGCUGAGAACUACAGAGGACAUUAUGCUCAGAGUGUGGGAGUUCACAGCUUGGCUGUCUACCCGGCACUCCAGCCUUCCAUGCCGACACCAUCCGCUGAAGCAAACAAAGGAGUGUCUAUAAUACAACAUCUGUCACCCAAAAGUUGGCUCUUCUCGCGACAUUCUCGUCAACUUGUGAACGAAGCCAUGGGCACCUUCAGGAGUCUCCAGGGCAUGGUGGAGGAUGCCACCCCUAGGGAGGGCGAUGACCCACUUGAUUUAACUUCAGCUCUCAUCAAUAAAAGUCGGGAGUACAGGUCCAUGCUUCAGGCAUGUGUGUGUUCACUAAACAGUGACUUGGACAAGCUUGAGCCUGACAGUGAUGAAUAUCAGGAGAUGGCGGGACAGUGUCAGCUGCUCUACAAGAUGGAGCUGCUCUUGGGCUUGGUUGAAAUUAUCUUUGUGGACUCGCGGCCUGGAAGUUUAAUUUUGAGUCAGUUGGUGUGCUGGGUUCGUCUGCACUACCCUGCCUGUACCGAGCAGAUGGUCAAAAUCAUGGCGGAAGAGGACCCGUCUCAGCACAACCUGUACUGGCAAACGAUUUAUGAGUUGGUUUGCCAAGGCCGCAUGUCUGAUGCCAGACAAAUGCUGCAGCAACAUCCCUACUGCCACACUGACGCCUUUGUGGCCAUUGAAGAAAUUCUCAGGAAGAUGCCGACGUAUCAGCUGUACAGCGGAGUAUCAGAUGGGGAGUUUAUGCUUCGUUGGCAGCAUUGGCAAGCUGAGUGUGAGAACAGACUCCAGGGAGGAGAGUUUGCCGCGUGGAGUCACCUGAAGAAACUCGCCGAGAUAAUGUGCGGAAAUUCAGCAAGCAUACUAAGCGUAACGAUGUGUGGCGAAGGCAACCGCAACGACCGUGGAGGUUGUUGGGUACCGCACCUGUUGGCGACUUUGCUGUUCACGCAGCCCAACGUCAAGCUGCACAGGCUGCACGAUGCGGCCACUCGCGCCAUCACCGAGUGUUGCGUCAAGCUCUCCGCCCUCGACGCUUUGUUGCUCUCAGCCAUGCAGGGCGACGCACUGCAGGUUGUGCGUGGAUGCCAACAAACGCUCGAUAACCUGUGGCUCGGUGCGCACCUCACGGACCUCCUUCACCACGCUCUGGCCUCUCAACGCCACACUCAACUGUCUCUUGCUGCAAUGAGGGAAAGUAUAGUACAAGACUACGCCCUCGAGCUCGCAGGUCAUCCCAGCCUCUGGCAGGUUGGCAUCGUGUAUCUCGACUACUGCGGCACCGAGGGCGUGAAGGACGCGUCUCCCCUCACCUCGCUGCUGCUCGAGCGCGUGCCCCUCACAUCAGAUGCCAAGGCUCAUAAAGUCAUCAACAUGGCGGAGCAAAGGAACCUAGAACACGUUGUACGCGGCGUGUGUCGCGUCAUGGGACGCAGGGCUGCCAACGAGGGGCGCCUGGCCGCCGCCAUCUGGUGGGCGGUGAGAGCCAAGGACGCGCCCUUCACAUCGCACACGGCGCACCAGGUCUUGCACCGCUACCUAACAUCAGGAGAGUUCCAGUCCUCGGCCCUGUUGUUGGACCAUCUCGGGCCCACCAUGCUGCUCUCCGAAACGCUCACUUUCCUGGGGAAAUACCGCGAGUUUCAUUCGCUGUACAACCGAGGCGACCGCAAGCAGGCAGCUGACCUCCUCGUGACGCUCAUCUCCUCAAAGCUUGCACCUCAAUAUUUUUGGCCAGUGCUGCUGCUUGAUGUGCUCCCUCUGCUGCAGUCAUCAGAAGAUAGCCAAGACAAAGACGACGAAAUCGUGGUGACGGCAGCGCACACGUACGAGCUCAUGUACUGCCUCAACUCAGUCGUCGACAAGUUCCAGCGCGACAACUCGCGCGACCGCGGCAGCGCAGUGGCGAUGGAGUGCGGGUUAGUUCGCGCCUUCACGCAGCGCGAGCACGAACUACGAACUUGUCUCGCACACAACCUCGCAAGAGCUAUCGUGACAGAGAGCAGCUCUCAUUCUGUCACAGCUAUGUCGGGUAUUUCAGCGGCAUAGUCUUCUAAUUUAGAGAAUGAAAUGUCUUCUGUCAUUUCACUCAGAUUUUCACGUCUUCCGUGCAGCACUCUCAAAGCUUCCCGGAAAUAAAAAAUGAAUUGA